CGUCAGUCGUCACUUGCUGAAAUUAGACCGGAAAAAUGGCUACUCUAUCUCGUAUCGGGACGGUCCUUCUUAGACAUAAGAGUGCUAUUGCAAGGCCAUCCGGAAAUGUUUUGAGAGUAGCCAGUAUAUCGACAUCGAAAAGAAAUAAAGAUACGAUAACUGUCACCGAUGCCAUCCCAGCUGAGAGUAAAUCUGCCACUGAGGAAGUGGCGGUGAACAAGAACUGGGUGAGCUGGGGCUUCAGCAUCAGAUCGGAGACAGAAGACAAUACAAGGAUGCAUCUAAUAUUCUUGUUUUCUGUUACAUUAUGUCUUGUAACUGGUGGCUUCAUUUUUGCCUACAUGCCUGAUUACAAAUUGAGGGAUUGGGCCCAGCGUGAGGCAUACUUGGAGCUAAGACGCCGAGAAGCAGAAGGUUUGCCGUUAAUUGAUGCCAAUUUGAUUAGUGCAGAUAAAGUAGAACUUCCAAGUGAUGAAGACCUUGGCAGCACAGAGAUCAUCAUUUAAGCCUUAAUUUAUAGGAAACUCUUGUCAAGAUUACAAGUCUGUCAGAUAGAUAUUAUAUAUUGUAUUUUUGGAGGAUGCCAAAAAAUGUCCUUUUAUUCAUAGUCCUCAGUUGAUGUUGUGGCAGGUAAUAUUUAGAUGAAUGAUAGACAUUUUUUUUUCAUUUGGUCUGUAUAUAUGUAAGCUGUUACUGUAUUUAAAUUGAAAUAAAAAAUGGUAAAUAUUA